GGCUUCGGCGGCGUCUACAAGGGCUUCGUCCGCCCGCUCGACCCCCGGGCCGACCGCAUCGCCGUCGCCGUCAAGCGCCUCAACACGCGCGGCCUCCAGGGACAUAAGCAGUGGUUGGCAGAAGUACAGUUCCUUGGAGUUCUUGAGCACCCAAAUCUUGUAAAGCUUCUUGGGUAUUGUGCCGUUGAUGGUGAAAGGGGAGCCCAAAGAUUGCUGGUCUAUGAGUACAUGCCCAACAAGAGCCUGGAAGAUCACUUGUUCAGCCGAACCCAUCCUGCUCUCUCGUGGAACAGAAGGCUUCAGAUUAUCUUGGGUGCCGCUGAAGGAUUGGCUUACCUCCAUGAAGGGCUGGAACUUCAGGUGAUCUAUCGGGACUUCAAAGCGUCGAACGUGCUGCUGGACAAGGACUUCCAAGCAAAGCUAUCAGACUUCGGGCUCGCGAGGGAGGGGCCAACAGAAGGGAACACUCACGUCUCAACUGCGGCUGUGGGGACGCACGGGUACGCGGCGCCGGAAUACAUCGAGAAGGGGCACCUGACGGCGAAGAGCGACGUGUGGGGCUUCGGGGUGGUGCUGUACGAGCUCCUGACGGGGCGGCGGUCCCUGGACAGGAACCGGCCGCAGGGGGAGCAGAAGCUGAUCGAGUGGGUGGUCCAGUUCCCGCCGGACAGCCGCAACUUCCGCAUGAUCAUGGACCCCAAGCUGCGCGGCGAGUACUCCUCCAAGGCGGCCCGGGAGAUCGCCAAGCUCGCCCAGAGCUGCCUCCUCAAGAACCCCAAGGAGCGGCCCGCCAUGAGCGAGAUCGUCGAGGUGCUCAGGCGAGCCGUGCAGACCGAGGUGGCCUCUGUGCCAGUGGACAAGGCACCCAUCGCCGGCAACGGGAAGAGGGUCAACGUGGCGCCGCCGUCGAGGAGGUGACUGAUGUGCUGUCAAGGAGAGUUCCUUGUCCCUCCUUUUAGGCGAGGUUUGCGUAUGGUAUAGCUAUGCGAACAUGAGUUUAGAUGAUAUGGGUUGUUGGAUUCUUGAUAGUGUUUUCUUUUCCCCCUUCUUUGGAGGCUCAUUUGAGUGAAGAAUCAGUUACUGUGGAAUGCAAAUUAACCAGCCAAUACUACUUGAGUGGGAGUGGCAACCGUUA